ACAUAUACACAUAUAUCCAACCAAUGGCAGUGGCGGAACCGUCGCCGGCGGCGAACUCCCGGCAGCAGAUGACGAAGCGCGAGGUUUACAACGAGGUACUCCGCAGGCUGAAAGAAUCGCCGAAUGUCGAGGAGGUUGAACAGCCUGGCUUCGACGAUCAACUUUGGGCUCACUUCAAUCGUCUCCCCACUCGUUAUGCACUUGAUGUGAAUGUGGAGAGGGCGGAAGAUGUUCUGAUGCAUAAGCGUCUAUUGCAACUGGCUCAUGAUCCUCUUAAUAGACCUGCGUUUGAAAUUCGGCUAGUGCAGGUUCCACCCAUAACCGUUGACGGAAAUACUGAUGAUUCUACUCGUCCAAGUUCUCUACGGAAUCGAGGUCCCCAAAGCAUUCAUCCACCACCUGCUUUUGGUUCAUCUCCAAAUCUCAUAGCACUUGCACUAGAAGAUGGGGACAGUACUGUUCGCGGUCUUCAAUAUUCUCGACCCAUGCAUGAAAUCACGUUUUCAACAGAUGACAAGCCAAAGGUCCUCAGUCAGUUGACAACCUUGCUAGCUGAGGUUGGACUGAACAUCCAGGAAGCCCAUGCUUUUUCUACAACAGACGGGUACUCCUUGGAUGUCUUUGUCGUUGAUGGUUGGCCUUAUGAGGAAAUUGAGCAGCUCCGCACAGUAGUAAAGAAGGAAUUGUUGAAGAUAGAGAACCGGUAUUUGCCAAAGCGUCUUUUGAAUGCUCAUAUCGAUAAGCAGGAGCAAAUAGUUAUUCCACGUGAAAUUGAUCAUUUGAAAAUUCCUAAUGAUGGGACUGACGUGUGGGAAAUUGAUCCUCGACUUCUUAAAUUCGGGAAACAAGUUGCUUCUGGGACAUAUGGCGAUCUAUACAAAGGUACUUACUGCAAUCAGGAAGUAGCUAUCAAAAUCCUGAAGCCUGACCAAAUAAAUGCAGACUGCCGGAAGGAUUUUGCUCAAGAAGUAUUUAUUUUGAGGAAAGUUCGGCACAGGAAUGUUGUACAAUUCAUUGGUGCAUGUACCCAAUCUCCAAGCUUAUGCAUUGUUACAGAAUUUAUGUCUGGUGGAAGUGUGUAUGACUAUCUCCACAAACGAAAGGGUACUUUUAAGCUACCAUCUUUAUUAAGAGUAGCAAUCGAUAUCUCAAAGGGCAUGGACUACUUGCACCAGAACAAUAUAAUUCAUAGAGACUUGAAGGCUGCCAAUCUUCUGAUGGAUGAGCAUGAUGUUGUUAAGGUGGCUGAUUUUGGAGUUGCUAGAGUAAAAGCUCAAUCUGGAGUUAUGACGGCAGAAACCGGGACAUAUAGAUGGAUGGCUCCUGAGGUUAUAGAGCACAAGAGUUAUGACCACAAGGCUGAUAUUUUUAGCUAUGGAAUUGUAAUGUGGGAGUUGUUAACUGGAAAGAUUCCAUACGAGUAUUUAACCCCUUUACAAGCUGCCGUUGGAGUAGUUCAACAGGGUUUACGGCCUACCAUUCCAAAGAACGCUCAUCCAAAACUUGCUGAGCUGCUUCGGAAAUGCUGGCAGCAAGAUCCAACUUCAAGACCCGACUUUUCUGAAAUAACAGAAAUCCUGCAGCAAAUUGCAAAGGAGGUUGAAGAUGAGGGAGAUGACCGACGCAAAGAGAAAUCAUCCGGCGGAUUCCUUUCAGUCCUCAGGCGGGGACGUAACUGACGCAAAGGGGGACAUGGUUUUUACAGUUAUACAUGAGCUAAUACGUGUUUACAUUUAUAAUUGUGGCCAUUUCCCAUCUGCUUUUUUCAUCUGAACUCAGUAGCUUUUGUUCUAUUGAUCGACGUUUCAUUGACGGUUCUUUCUUAUACCCUUUUUUUUUUUUUUUUUUCAAUUUUGCUAUGGGUACUACACAUUUGUACCGAAAGGUGUACAACACGAUAAGGUGGAAGGGGGGCCACCCAAAAGUUCAAAAUGAACUCAAAACAACAUCCUGAAAAUUAGAGAGAGAAAAAGGAACCCGUCUUUUUUUCAAAUUCCAACUCUGAAAACCUACCCCAAACUCAUCGACGCCGACAAAUCCCCCAAACUGCCAUUAACGGCGACCGGCGCCUCCAAGGUCAAGCAAAAAAUUGAAGAAAGCUCAUUUCGACGGCGAACAACACUCUGUUACUCAAAUGGCAGAGAUGAUCAAGCAAAUCUCAACCUAUGUGAAACAUUCAAUGGAGAAUCUGGACUAUGGUGUGGUUG